AUGUCGCUAUCGCUUGUAGAAAGGCCAGUUAGAGGCGCUACUGGCGGGGGCUCUUGGUUUUUGUCGGGCCACCAAAAGGAGGUGCUAGGCAUUGCCACGGACGGCAGUGGCAUUUUCGCCACAUGCGAUGUAGGGGGCAUCGGGUUAUUGUGGAGGAGUGAUGCUGCUUCCCGUGAUGGCGGUCCAACGCAUGUCAGCGGAAUCGCCACGGAGGGCCCUGCGAUUGUGGAUGCAUGCUUUUUGCGCCACACACACCUUUGCACAGCUCAGGGUGACGGCACUGUUGGCAUGUGGGAUGUUGAGACGGCGCAGCGAGAGCAUUCUUUUGACCGCUUCUCUGGUCGUGGGAGGCCUAUAAAUUGGCCGGUAAUAAAUGCAGUGACGGCGGUGAAUGAGGCAUUCGUUGUUUUUGGUGGUGAUGAUGGCUUUUUGGUGUUGGCUGAUUGUAAGCAAAAAAAGAAUAUUGCAACAGUUAAUCUACGAGUGCCAAUCACGUCGCUUGCGGCUUCGCGUGACUCAUUUUUUGUUGGUGACGUUUUAGGGAAUAUUCGCUGCUUUGAUACCCGCACGAUGAGAAGCCUUUACGGGUUUAAGGGCCACCGUGACGUUGUGAGUUGUAUGGCCCUUGACGUGGGGGCCACCAGCAUGAUCUCCUAUGGCCUUGACAACUCGCUCAUUUUGUGGGAUGUCAUGCCUUUUGCGCUCAGCACAAGCGAUCGUUUGCUUCACCGCAUUGAGGUGCAGCAGGGUGCCUCGCGGGCCCUUCUGCGGUGUGACUGGUCCAAGAAUGACACAAUUAUAGUGCCCGCCGGGGGUGGGCACGUUGAGCGUGUAACUGUGGCGGCGUUUGAGGGGACCAGGGAGACGCUUCCUGUUCGCCACCGCGAGGACGUUGUGCAGUGUGCCGUCUUCGUUGACGAUGCUGUCGCCGUUAGCUCUGCUGGGACGGAGGUGAUACUGCAGCCGGUGUAG